AUGCUGCUGUCCCUUGCACUGCCCAUCCUAGGCCUAGCAACGGUGGUCCUGAUCUUGACCCCCUUGAUCUAUUUCCUCUGGGACCCACAUGGUCUACGGAAGUUCCCCUCGCCGUCCAUUGCUGCCAUCAGCCCUAUAUGGCGUGCCUGGCACAAUGUUCGAUUCAAGCACUACGCCGCUGUGCAUGACGCUCAUAAAAGACUCGGAACGCAUGUUCGCAUUGCUCCCAACCAUAUCUCCAUUCUCGAUCCACGAGCACCACAGCAGAUCUACGGCCAUGGAGCCAACAUGCUCAAGGCCGACUGGUAUGAUGCAGCCGCAGGCCCGCACCGGAACCUGGCAGAUACCCGCGACAAGUCUGAGCAUCAAGCGAAGCGAAAAAUGCUUGCGCACACCUUUGCCGCCAAAACGGUCGUGGCGUUUGAGCCUUUACUGCAAGAGAACCUGUCGAACCUUCUGAAUGUUCUCGAUCGCCACGAGGCAGCAGGUGAAACGGCCAACAUACGACGUCUCUUGAACUAUAUGUUGAUCGAUAUAUUUGGCCAAUUGCUCUACGGACAUAAGCUCGGAUGCCUUGAGCGUGGGGAUGAUCUUCUUGUUGCAGAGUCAAAAGACGGCCGUACAUACAAGGCCCCCUUCAUCGACUCCCUUCUGGAUGUGACUGUGAUCAAUAAUCUGCUGGCUAUAUUCUCCCACAUUGCACCCACCCUCGGGAAAAUAGCCAAGUAUCACCCGUACAAGAAGAAGCGAUUCGAAACGCCAAAAGUCGAGGAUGAUUUAUUCCAACGCUUACUACGCGACAACAAGGGUCAGGACCUCAACCUGCCGUUUGGGGCGAUUUUGGCAGAGUGUUCAUCCAUGAUGAACGCCGGGACGGAAACAACGACAGCGGCUAUGACCAACACAAUAUACUUGCUGUAUAGCCACCCGCCAGUGCUGCAGAAGCUCCGUGAAGAGAUCAUGGCUGCCGUGCCCGGAAACGAUAUACCGACCUACUCCGUAGUAUCAACGCUGCCAUACCUUCGGGCCUGCAUUGAGGAGUCCCUCCGAGUCCGCCCAGCAAGCUCCUUCGGGCUGCCGCGGAUUGUCCCCAAGGGUGGGAGAGAAAUCUGCGGCCAGUUUAUCCCCGAAGAUGUCAUUGUUUCAGUGCCCACAUACUCCCUUCUGCGGGAUCAAACCGUCUUUAAACAUGCAUCUGAAUACAUCCCCGAUCGCUGGCUCACCGAGGAUCCGGAGGAGAAGAAGAGGAUGAUGAACAACCAUCUGCCGUUUAGUACUGGGCCUCGCGCCUGCAUUGGACGGAACAUCGCCUAUUUUGAACAGACGGUUGUAAUUGCCACAAUUGUGAAGUUCUUCGAUGGAAGGCUGGAGGAGGGCUUCCAGCUGGAGACGCAGGAACGAUUCAACUCGAAUGCGGGUGACUUGCCCAUCCAGAUGUCUCGUCGUGUUUUUUGA